CGAGAGAACCGUGGCAAGCGCAGUAGCGGGAAGGGGUUGGAUUUCGGUGAUGUGUCAUUGUAGUAUGUGUAGUACAUAAUGGAUUCCGGUGAAAAAGAACCUAAAAUUGAUAAAAUAGGUUAUCAAUAUAAAGCUGAAGAUAAUGAUAAGAAGUUUAGGAUUAAAGCUGGUAUUUUCCUUGCAUCUGUUGCGGGAAUAUCGGCUUUCGUGGGUUUUGGAACUACUGUGGCUUCAGUAAAAAAGAAGGAUCCAGCUUUCUUUAGCAGAGGUCUAGCAGGUACCCGAGAAAUGAGUGAGACAGGGGCUUCACUUGCAAUGAGAGCACUGGGCUGGGGAACUCUGUAUGCUGUUGUUGGAUGCACUGUUCUCUUCUUCUCUAUCUGGAAAUUGGCAGGAGUGAAUGAUAUGAAAGAAUUCCGAAUGAAAGUUGGUUCAGCACUACCUCGGAUACCGAAGAAUGACCCACCUCAAGGAAGAACCGAGUUUGAAGGGCUUACUGAUCUUCUAACUUACAUUGCCACCAAGGAAACAAAAACAUCUGAAAAUUAGUUCAGCAUUUCAUUUAUUGUUCUUGUAAAAAAUAUUAAUAACUACUUACAGUAGCUCACCAGUUUGUAUAUGACAUUUUAAUUAAAGUAAUAAAAUAAUAAAAUUCAUGAUCACAAUAUUUAUGCAUAACAGAAGUCUCAAUGUAUUGGUUGUGGUAACUUUUAAGGAUCAGACUUGUAGAGAAUGCACAAAGUGAACACAUAAUGGGAGGCCAUGCCUGUCCAUAUGCUUCACCUUUAAAGCUAUAUUAAGUUUUUUCUAGGUGCACAACCAUGAAGCAAAAUUGUGCAUUAUCAGUCAACCUGAAGCAAUAGGAGCAGCACCAAUUUUCCACUAAGCCCAUACUUUCAAACAUUUCCCUGUAAUAGACAGAUUUCAAAUAGAUUUAGCAUUAAAGGGUUACAGUAAACAUUGGGCAAGUUUAUUUUGGUCCAUGGCAAUCAAUAAUAAUCUCUACUUUACAUGAUGUUGAAAUUCUUUCUGUAUCAAAUAUCACAGAAGCAGCAUCUUUAUUUCUUACAAAUUGAGCUUUCAUGUCUUUCAGAAGAAAUUCAUUUCCAAAUCAGAUUGUGUGACUUCAGUGGGGUAGCACCCCAACUCAUUUUGGUUAAUAAAUACAAGAAUAUUUUAAU